AUGGUCGAUAUGGCUGACUCAAUCUGCCUAGAAUUUGAGGUUUUCGACUCGUGGGGUUUAUGGAUGGCCUCCUCAGAGGUGGAUCAGAAGGCCCUGGGCAACUUCGCGGCCGUCAUGGGCCUCGAGAACCCCCUGCUGUCGGCAAUGCUAUACAAAGUCCUUGGAGUCUCUGUUAUGCUUUCAAAAAAGCUUCUCCGAGCCCGCAAGCUACGGCGCCUCGAUACGACACGUGAAACAAGAUCCCUCCAGCUUUAUCACCAUAUCAUAUGGCUCUCCCGCGAGGGCCUAUUGAUACUGGAAGGCUACAUUCUCCCCAUGGUGGACAUGUUCGUGGAGCUAAAGGUACUCGCCUACAAGCUGCGCGCCUCGUUCUACCACAUCUUUGUGCUCUUCCACAACCGCCCAAUCUUCACUUCCGAUACCGAAAUCCCAGUCCGCUUCAAACAUGACUCGAUGUACGGGGUAGAUGCCCUCACGGCCCUCGGCGUCUCUGGUCUAUCAAGGACUAAGAGCAUUAGCACAAAAGCACCAACAUCCCGUCCCCCAGGCCUCCCACCAGUGAUUCAACCAGUGCAGCCACCCAAACCAGCCUCAUCCUUCCUUCUUCCCCCAUUAGACUACACAGCCACGGCAACAGCCUGCUUCAACCACGCCGCAAGUCUUUCAGACAAGCUCUUACCAGGCUCACAUCCUCUUCGCCUAUCCGUCAAACUUGAAUACGCCGCCUAUCUAUACGACUGCCUCCAGGACCCCGUCGCCUGCCGCCGCCUCGCAAAACAGGCAAUCGCAGACGUCUAUAAUGCCCAAGAAGGCAUGGACGAUGAGAGCUUUGAGGACGCUGCUGAAAUUGUCGGCGUGCUGGGGAAAAUGGUCAAGCGCGGCGGGAAGCCGAGUUCUAGUACUGCGGGGAGUACUGUCUCCCGUGGUGGCCGCUCCCGCAGUCACAGUAGUCGCUCGCUCAGUCAGAUGGAUACCAGUGUACCAACCACUAUCUCCCCGGUCCCGGUCACAAAGUCUACGCCUGUUUCUGAAACUCGUGAGAGUGAGAUUCCACCCGCCGUCCCUGAUGCUUCUAUGAUGAAUCCGAUUUAA